AUUAUUAUUGAUGAACUUAUCGCUACUUUAUAACGUAAUAUUAAAAUCCAAUAUCACAUGAUACAUACUUGUAUAAAUGAUAAUUUUAAUAUUUAUAGUUUAUAACAUAGUAUAUAUAUAUGUAUAAUAUAAGCUCAAUUCAAUGACGUAAUUAAUGAUAGCAAUGAAUAUCAAUGCACAGUAACACAAUAAUAUAAUAUAAAUCUGCUAUACACGACCGAUGUAUCAAUAUAGUAUACAAUACACUAUAAAAACAUAUUUUUUUUUAAUGUAAAAAAUAGGUUUGGCGAUUUAUGUUGUUACUAUGGUUAUAAACUUAUAACUAAUAAAUGUUAUGUCGAUUUGAAGAAACCAUCAUUAUUAACGUUCUAUUUCGACGUAUAGUCAAAAAUUAAAUAAUAUAUUACUUUGUUUUUGUUAAUACAUUGUGAUAAUUCCUACAAGAAUAAAAAAUUAAUAAUGGCUAAUGAUGAAAAAUUAAGCCGUAAGAUGAUUUUUCCAUACACAUUCACAUCUAAGGUUGUCCAGUUUCCCUUUAAACUACACUACAAAAAUCAUUGGAUGUUUCCGUGGUUUAUUAGAGCAGCUAUACUUGUUACGCCCAUAUUUUAUUUUAUUCAGAAAGCUGCCAACAGUGAAGCUAAUGUAAAGUUAUGGGCCGAGAAAAGGAGGAAAGAAGAAGAACAUUACAAACACAAGUGGGAUUAUAAAGAAGAUAGUGCUAAGAAUUUAAAUUAAACAAAUUGAAAAAAACUGUAGAAUUAGAUUUCAUAAAAGGUAAGAUCAUUUUUAAGUUGAAGUAUAGAAAAGGAACAAUGAACUAUCCAUAGUAGGCC